UUUCUCUCUUCCCCAAAUUCCGAUCUAUUUAUUUUUUCCCGUUUCUCUUUCUCCGGCACCCUACCCUAACAGAAAAUCAUGGCAGAGAAAUCGAUUGCAUUCGAAUCAAAUCACUCCGGACCAAUCGACACCACUCACGGAUGGCAAAAGGUUACAUACGCGAAAAAGCAGAAGAAAAAGCAGGCAAAACCGUCGGAUUCCGGCAAAGUAAUUGCCAACGGAUCUGUCGUUCCAGGCGCCGAUAAUGUGUUUCAGUCGCUCGAGAAGCAUUCCGAUGAACGCCGCAAGAGAAUUGCGGAACAGACGGCUGCGAUGUACGGCGUUGACGAUGCUCCGGUUAGAUUGGGGCUGAAACACCGGUCGGACGAUGAAAAUGAGGAUAGCGAUGCGGAAGGUGGUAGACGUGGUGCGGAGAAUGGUGCGGUGGAGGAGAAGAAGAAGGAGAAGGUGAAAAAGCCGAAGAAGCCAAAAGUAACUGUGGCUGAAGCCGCUGUGAAGAUCGAUGCAGCUGAUCUAGCUGCUUUUCUCGCUGAUGUGACUGUUUCGUAUGAAUCUCAGCAAGAAAUACAGUUGAUGCGAUUUGCGGAUUACUUUGGACGUGCAUUUGCUGCGGUGGCUGGUUCACAAUUUCCGUGGUUGAAAUUGUUCAGGGAGUCUCCAAUCAGUAAAAUUGCAGAUGUUCCUCUCUCACAUCUUCCUGAACCAGUUUAUAAGACUUCAGUGGAUUGGAUCAACCAACGUUCUUACGAGGCUCUUGGAUCAUUUGUGUUGUGGGCAUUGGAAAGUAUUGUUGUAGACUUGGCAACCCAACUAGGAGGUUCUAAGGGCUCAAAGAAAGGCGGUCAACAAACGUCGUCAAAAUCUCAGGUUGCCAUGUUUCUGGCGUUGGCAAUGGUACUACGACGGAAGCCUGAUGUUUUGAUCAACGUACUGCCGACUCUUCGGGAAAGCCCAAAGUAUCAAGGGCAAGACAAACUUUCAGUCAUUGCAUGGAUGAUAGUCCAGGCCUGUCAGGGAGAUCUCUGUGUUGGAUUGUACUUGUGGGCGCAUCAUACCUUGCCUUUAGUUGGAGGGAAAUCAGGUUCUAAUCCACAGACCAGGGACUUGAUUAUGCAGUUGGUAGAAAGGAUUCUCUCUGCACCAAAAGCUCGUACAAUUUUAGUAAAUGGGGCUGUUAGGAAGGGAGAGCGUCUGAUACCACCUUCAUCCCUUGACCUGCUUCUACGGGUGACCUUCCCAGCUCCCUCUGCGCGAGUCAAGGCUACUGAAAGAUUUGAGGCAGUAUAUCCCAUCCUCAAGGAGGUUGCCCUUGCUGGUUCCCCAGGAAGCAAAGCAAUGAAGCAAGUUUCACAACAGAUACUUUCACUAGCCGUGAAAGCAGUUGCAGAAGGCAAUCCAAAACUAUCUCGAGAGGCAACUAACAUAUUCAACUGGUGUUUGACCCAGAGCGCUGACUGUUACAAGCAGUGGGACAAGAUUUACCUGGAUAACAUAGAAGCAAGUGUUGCAGUGUUGAGAAAGCUCAACGAGGAGUGGAAGGAGUUAUCUAGUAGACAGUCUUCUCUUGAAGCUUUGAAGGAGACUGUCAAGAGCUUCAGACAAAAGAAUGAGAAAUCAUUAACUGGUGCAGUGGAUGCUCACCGGUCACACUUCAGAGAUGCAGAUAAGUACUGUAAAAUUUUGCUAUCAAGGCUGUCUCAUGGACAUGGAUGUCUGAAAGGAUUUGCCCUUGUUCUUUUGGCCGUGGCCGUGGCCGUGGGAGGUGCUAUUAUGUCACAAAACAUGGAGGACUGUGAUUGGAACAAGCUUUUAGUUUUCCUCAAUGCCCCACAGUCCAUCUAAUCAAUCUGCACCAAAUGAGACGGACAGAGUGUUCUUUUUUAACAAUUCAUGGUCUCAGCGGCAAAUGAAAUUGGUUUACAAAACUAAAUAAAUCUGGAAGAUUGGGUAGCUACAUGAAACACCAGUCUUGUGGGAUACUGAGCCGGAGCUUUAGAGAAAUCAGGAUACUUAUUUUCCAGAAAAAGGAUGAGUCAUGUUUAAUUUAUUAGUUCUUGUUUUGACCCGUCUAUUAUUAGUCUAAGAGGUAUUCGACUUAGAUGUUACUCGGUUUUCACCAUUUUUAUGUUCAAGCAAAUUGAUCAUACCAGAAUACAGAUGUAAUUCCAAGGGAUUAGAAUCCAAAAUGACCCAAUCCCUGCAAAAAUAUUUUCUGUGGUCGAAUAUUAUAACUUAUUUGCAUGUGACAGUGAUUACUUACAGUUUAUUCUAUUUA